CCCGGCCCAGUUCUGCCUGUUCUUCUUUCCUCAGUGCCUUGCUCCUCUUGCAUGAGUUUUUGCAUGGGAAGCGAGCAAGGUUUGCUCUUUUGCUCCGGGCUUAGCUUGCACUGCACCUCGAGGAGGCCUCAUUGAGACCUGCUGCACCCUCUGUGCACAAACACUUUUGGGGGGAGGCUGAUCCGGCCCAGCCGCAUGAUCGCAGUCAGGUGACGACGUUGAGCGCAGAAGCGGUGUGGGAUAAGCAGCUCAGUGAGGGAGAUCAGCUGCUGCCCCGGCCCUCUGCGAGCUGUUAGUGCUCAGGGAAAAUGAGCGUCUGGCCCCCUCCUCUGCUCUGGAGCUUGACCACGGCGUGUCUGACAGGUAUUGCUUUAGGCCAGACAGCCACCACCCAGGCCCCUGUUGUAUCAACCUCGCUACUUCUGAGUGCAGCUACCACCCAAGUCCCUGUUCCACCAACUCCAAUGUCUUCUAUUGCCACAGCGACCUUGGCCCCCACAUCCCCAUCUGCAGCUGGAACAGUGACAAACCUCACCACCCCUACAGUUGUGUCAUCUGCUAUCUCAAGCACAAACCCUCCCACUCCAGCUCUGCCCACCACCCCACGCAUCACCGCGCUCACCUCUGGGAUUGCUACCACCCCUCAUGCACCCACAGCACUAAUGGCCACAUCCAGCAGUGCCUGGGCCACCCCUCCAGAUGCAACUGCAUCUCCUGGUGUCCUAUCAGUGGUCCCGCCCCUCAGCACCACUGAGCCCUCAAACUGCAGCAGAGUGAAUGUGACAGCAUGUACUCCUUGCUCCCCAGGGACCAUUCCCAGCAGUGACACCUGGAGCUGCUCGUGCUGCACAGAGGGCUCAUGCUUGGACCCUGGUGCCUGUGAUCCUUGCCCAGCGGGGCACUACCAGCCUGCGAGGGGACAGCAGCAGUGCCUGCCGUGUCCAAAGGGACAUUACACCAACACUACCAGCAGCACCGUGUGCUCACCCUGCCCACCUGGCCACUAUGCCAACGAGUCGGGGGCCACAGCCUGCAGCGCGUGCCAGAGAGGUUAUUUUAGCUCACAGCAAAAUGCAGCUUUUUGUCUGCCUUGCCUGCCUGGAUCGUUCUGCAACACCACCAGCUGCAUGCUGUGUCUGGCCUGUCCUGCUGGGCACGAGGCUCCACAUGAGGCUGCUGAGGGGUGUAUGCUGUGCCGGGCAGGUACGUUCAAAGGUCUGGGUGAUGACGCCUGCAAGCCCUGCGAGCCAGGGGAAUACCAACCACAGCGGGGCCAGGAGAGCUGUGACCUGUGUCCAGAGAACCACUACUGCCCUAGCCCAGAUGUGAACCCGAUCAAGUGCCCUCCUGAUGCCUUCUGCCCCAUGGGCAGCACCGCGCCCCAGUUCUGCAUGGAGGUCUUCCUGUACAAGGUGGGCAGCUCCUGCCAGCUGACGCCACUGGUGAUUGUCCUCCUGGCACUCUUCUCAGCAGAGCUACAGAAGCAACACCUUCCUCCUGCUUCUCCAGUGAAAUUCAUUCACAUACCAGGCUGGCUGCAAAGCCCUGCUCAGAUCAUCCAGCGGUGACACUUCCACAGCGUUGUGCCUCAUCAGCUCUGAGAGCCCUGGUAAAAAUAGUACUUACUAUUAUGAGAGCUGUGCUUUCAAGCGAGUGUGCAUGGAGGUGGAAGCAGGUGUUACUUCUCAUGGAGUCCUUUCCCUGAGCUAAAGCAGCAGCAGCCAGCUGAAGGAACCCAGCUGGUAGGGGUUAAGUGGCUGCUGCCCUCCACUGCUCAUUCUUCUCAUCCCUGGGGAGAUUAUUGUGCUUUUCAAGAAAAAGGAAAUAAACAACAGCUGAAAAAAGCAGUUCUGUGAUCUGUUUCAGAUCUGUUAGAUGAGUAAAUGGAUAGGAAGAGAGGUGUGUUAUCCUCUGUGGUAAGCAAUAAUGCAGCUGGUAACCCCGCCACCUGCAUCAGCAGCAGCAUCAACACACCAAGCUCAGUCCCAUCCCAAGACCCUUUCUGCCCUCGAGUCUCCAUUUUCCCACUGAAAGCUGGUUACCUCCCGUCCGCAUGCUUUGUUCUUUUCUUCCCACCUUCUCCUCACUCCCAGCUACUUGCUUGAAAUGCGCUGGCUCUCAGAAUCCCCUGUUCUAAGAAGAAAUGGCUUCUUUGCAGCAGUGACCAGCUGGGGACAGGACAGGACCCUCUCCUUGUGGCUGCAGGAAAUGAUGCCCAACACCCUCUCCUGUUCUUCAGUCCUGAGAGCUGGGGGACAGAGCGUGCAUGGCCCUUCUGCUGGGCUCUCUGAUGCUGUCCAUAGCACGCAGGCACUAAGUUUCUCGGUGCACAGUCAGGGCUUUGUGCAGGAGCAGCAAAAGGAUGGAGUCCUGAUAACACAGCACCAGGUUAUUUCAGAACACUAAGCCAACAGUGCCAAAGCAUAUUUCUGAUUUGCUCUUAAAGAAGCACAGCUGCAGUCAGGCACAGAGAUUCCACCCAUGAAGGAAACUGGCGUUGACCUAAAACCUGGCUGGGAAAGAAAAAUGUGGUUGAAUUAAAACCUGACCAAACAGGAACAACAGCAGUGUCAGCUGAAUGGAGCUUGCAGGACUGCACGAUUGCAGCUCAAAAUACUUGAAGUCUGUGAAAUUCUGUCUAACAGAAAACAGCACUGUAACAGGAGAAACUGACCGCAAAAAAUGUCAUUUUUUAUGGUAAGCAACACUGUGAAAACAAGCCAAAAUACAAUCAUUAUCACCUCUAUGUGAGCCCUAAGUAUUAUUUCCAGCAAGUCUCUUAGGAAAUCGCAGAGUGCAAGUUUUCACUAUGAAAACAUCCAGUUCUUU